AUGCUGACGCAGACGCGCACGCUGCCGUUCGCGAAGACGCCGCCUUGGUUCACGCGCCUGCUGCCCAUCUGGCAGGGCCUCAUCGAGUUUGAGCUGCGCUUUCCGCUGCCGCCCGAUUCGCUCCGGAAGCUCUCCUCCCCUCCGCCUGCGCCCGCGCCCUCGCCCACGCCCUCGCCCACCUACUACCCCUUCUGGCCGACCCCUCCCCAAGCAGUGCUGCCCACCCCAGUGGCGGGGAGAUUCCAUUGGGAAGAAGAAGCGCCUCACGAGCUGCCGUUUGACUGGCAAUACCCUGCGCUAAGGAGAAAGUGGGAUCAUUUCCGAGCGGAGGCUCCGGCUGAAAGAUGGCACAGCAACCGCCACCGACGAGACCGCCGACGCCUGCACAGAGCUGUCGCCGACUUGCUGCACGCGGACGGGUUGGACGGCGCGGCAUGCGUACGCAGAGCGCGUUGCGAGGCGGCUCUCUCUGCCGCCAAGAAAAUGGACGAAGCAGCGCCAGCAGCAGCGGAAGAAGGAGAUUUCGAAGAAGAAGAAGAAAAACAAGAAGAAGAAGAAGAGAGGUCUAUUUUUGAUGACUUUCUGCGCCUAAUAUUCAUCAUGCCGCCCGAAAACAAAACUACAACGGAAAAUUGCGCAGAUUUAAAAGAAGACUGUCCUUUUUCUCUUUUGGAAGCUUUUGAUUUUGAAUUUCCAUGA